AUGGAGAACAAAGUACCAUCGGCUGCCUUGUAUAUAGUAUUUAUUUUAACACUUGGAAAGGUGUCGAGCUUCAACCUGGACAUCGAGUCAGCAGUUAUUUAUGGCGGACCAGACCAAAGCGAACUUUUCGGGUACACAGUUGCAACUCAUUCUCACAACGGGCAAAAAUGUGCACUUAAAUAUCGUGGCAUCCAUCAAGCUGGGGAAAAAACUGAAUUGAUGUCCGUCGCUCGUGAAUUUGUCGCGUUGGAUAACCUUGAUGGGCGGAAAAGAAGACACCUCGAUUUUGCCAAGCAGUCUUCCUACGUCAGAACAAAGCGGAGACAUACCUUUCAUUUUUAUUGGCCAUUAAAUGAAAAUGAAUUAACGAGUGCAAUUUAUUUACUUCAGACAUGUGCUCCAAGAUACACGCAUGCGCCUUUCACCGACAGGGAAGGAAUUAUAGAUCAUAGAUGGAUCUCCUUAAUAGGAAGGUGUUUUCUAAUAUCCAAAGAUCUUUAUGGACUUCAAGGACCAGCGGUCACUCCGUGUGAAGGUAAAGUAGGCUAUCCCGAAGGCGAUUGCCAAGCAGGAAUCAGUGCCGAGUACACUUCAGAUGGUGAAGAUGUAGUCAUGGGAACCAUCGGAGUUAAGCAAUUCCGAGGUGGCUUGGUUUCCUAUAACAUCUACGAAAAGCGGACAAGUUUCUCCCCAAAUGUUUCUGUAGGAAGAGAUGAUUACAUGGGUUACGCAGUCUCAAGCGGACAUUUCUUGAGCCAAAAUUCCCUGGAAUUUGUUGGAGGUGCACCGCGAGGCAACAGUGUACAAGGAAAAGUUCUCAUGUUCUCGAUGGACGAUAAAUCUGCGAUACAAGUGACAUCAGAAGUUCCUCCACCGCAGGGGAUCACAGUGAGUAGAAAGAGAAAUAAAGCUGGCCCACACGGAGCCUUGUUGAUCUNAAACAAAAACAAAAGCUAA